AUGGGGUGCACUUGCUGUAAAAUGAUACAAAGCUAUUUCUUUGAUCCAGUGCAAGCGUCCUCCCCUGGCUACGUCAAUGAAGUAAGCAGCUGCAAGUUAGAUGAAGACGACACUGUUAGAUUAAAAGACAAACAGAGCAGUAAAGUCCUGGUGCAUAAAAAUGAUCUUCAAGAUGAGUACUUGAAGAGAACUGAGAGCCAAAGCAGAACGGCUAGUUUCCAGGAGCUCUGCCGGCCUCACAGAGAACCUCUCCCUCAGAGGGACCCAGGAGGGAACCACUGCAUGGAGAAGACUGGUGGUGCCGUCAAUGGUGUUGGUCCCGCUGCUGCUUUGCAGCCCACUGCGAAUCCCAGGCCCCAGCAUGAUGACAGGGACUCCUUGGCCAGUACUGCAAACAAUGAUGUUCACCCAGCUCUUCCCUUCCUUGAAGGAGAGGGCACCAGGAAACAGGAUUAUGCCCUGCCAGUUUCAGAAGAAACCCAGGUCAUCCAAAGUGGAAGCUCCAGAGCUCCUUCCAAGGCAGAAAGUCAUGCCUUGGACGUACAAGACCAUGUCUUACAGAUACCAGCUCCAGAUUACCCACAACUUUGGGACUCAGCAGUAGACAAUGUUGAUCAUGAGGAAAAGGAUUGUCUAUUCCAGAACCAUACUGAGGAUGAGCCCCCGAAGCAAAUUUUCCUUCAUAACUUGAAUAUGCCCUGCAUGUUGGGAAGCUGGGAUUCAUUCAAUGAGGGCAUGGCAACAGAAGUUUUAAGUGUCUACUUUAAAGAGGAGGAUCCUGCUCUGGCCGAGCCUGUAGUUGACACAAGAAAUGGGCAGGAGGAUGUCCAUGCUUCCAAUGGAGACAGGAACGGAGAGAUGGUGGACGAGGAUGCAGCAGUGGCAGAAGCCCUUGCGGCUUUAGAAGCUGCUACUGCAGGAGAAGAUAUCGAUGAGGUAUAUUAG